UGUACACACUGUGAGCGGUUCUUCCUCACUUCACUGCAGACGGAGAGAGAGUACAGAGAAUUGAACUUCUGUUUUUUUAAUCGUCUAAGACAUAAAAGUCUUCUUUUUUUCGCUGAUGUGCUAAGAUAAAAGUAUUCGGAUGAAAACAAACAUUUUUAUACAAAACCCCAUGUGACGAAUUGCUGAAGUUUGGCAAGCGGAAGUUGAUGCCGUCUAAAAAAAAGUCAGAGACUGGGAAGGAUUUUGUUGUUUGUCUUUAGAGAAGGACAAAAGAUGGACACUCAUAUCAAAGAAGGACAACUUUAUGUCCAGCACCAGAAGUUUGGAAAGAAAUGGAAGAAGAACUGGUUCGUGCUAUAUCCUGCGAGUCAGAACGGCAUUGCACGACUCGAGUUCUAUGACUGUGCAGGUUCUGGCCCCGAAAAACACAGCACAAAAAAACUAGACAAAAAGAUCAUCCGCCUGUCAGAGUGCAUCAGCAUUCUUCCUGCUCUCACUGAAAACUGUCCUAAAGAGAACAUGUCCGCCUUCUGUGUGGAGACCAACGACAAGUUGCAUGUGUUUGCAGCUGAAAAGCAAGUCACUAGCGAGUGGGUAGAGAAGAUGUGUGAGAUCGCCUUUCAGGGAGGGGGUGGACCUUCUUUCAGUAAUAUGGACUCAAAUGGACAACAGGAUCUUAAGAUGUCUGAGAACUUGAUCUAUUACUCCAGAGAGGAAGUCAGUGAAUUCUGGGUGAGUGUCCAAAGAACAGACGCAUCCGAUCGUUGUGGUCUCCUUGGGAAUUACUGGCUUAAAGCAGAUGGAGAGAGCCUGAUAUUGAAGGAGCCUAUGAUGAAGAAGAACUUGCUGGUGUGGCCAUACAAACUGCUGCGUCGCUAUGGCAGGGAUCGAGUUAUGUUCUCAUUUGAGGCUGGACGCCGAUGUGAGUCUGGCCCAGGCAACUUCACCUUUGACACAAAGCAGGGGAAUGAGAUCUUCCAGAUUGUGGAGAGUGCCAUUCGGGAGCAGAAAGCUCAGGCUGAGGAACAGCAAUGCUCAUCAUUUGAUGGGGACUGUCCUGCUCUCCAACAGAUCCGGGUUGCCAUUGCUGAGGGAAUCAGCCGAGAGACAGAUGGAGACUCUGGUGGAAGUAAACCUGGAUCUGCUGAUGGAAUCAUUGGCCGAAAGGAUGGAGAAAGUAAAUAUCUUAAGGGUCGCACCUUACCAGAGCCUCCAGUUCCUGUUCCAAGCACACCACCUCGGGGGCCAAAAAGUAUAUUGGACGAUCAAGUAAAUUUGUACUCUGAACCUGCUGACUCCGUCCGUCUGCCCAAUAUUUUGGGGGAAUGUCUUUAUUCUGACCCUGUAGACAGCAUUAAACCUUCAACAUUGCACAACCCGAGGCAUCAUCCACUUGGUGAUGAAGGUGGAGGUGGCAAGCACGAACCAUUUUAUGCAGAUCUCUAUGACCGAGUGACUCUUGACCUGACCCCAAGAAUAGGAACACUGGGACUUGAACACCGCAACAGGCGUCCUGCUGAAGUAACUCAGGCAGAACAUAUCUAUGAUGAGCCUGAAGGAAGAGCAGGUCCUCCAGGAAUCCAGCCAAUCACCAGUCUAUACGAUGAGGCACGGCUGGAAAAUCAGUCCUGGAAAUCCAGGGGAGUUGAGGAACCUCAGGGCCAUGAAGUAACUUACAAUCCAAAUACAGAAGAUUAUGGUGUGCCUCCUUUUGGUAAGACAACAUCACCACCAGCAGUGGCCAAACCUAAAGGUCCCAAGCCCCUCACAGCACCCAAACCAGGGAAGGGAGCAAAGAAGAAAGAGCCACCUCCACUGCCCGGAGGUAAAACUGGAGCUAACCUGAACAACAACAAUAGCAGCUGUAUCUAUUACACUGCUGGUGAAGUGUUUGGAAAUGGUGGAAUUGGUGGAGGAAAAGUAGAGAAACAUGCUGAGAUUUACAGUAAAGUGUCUAAGCAUAAGCCCCCAGCCACAGCAUGGCACGCUUCCAUGCGCCCUCCAGACAUCAUCUAUGACAACUUGGGUGAUAUCUGAUUUGGAUUCUACAUGCCUUUUUCAGCAGUCUGAAUGAACUCUUUAGAUGUUGUCUUUAGAAACCUAUUUCUAGAGUUUUGAAAUGGUCACACACUUUCUGGGGCCACUGUAAUAUCUGGGAUUACUACAGUAACUGGAAAUACAGAAAAAGUGUGCAGGUUAGUGUCAUAGACAAUCCUCUGUGAUCGAUUAUCAGUGAUACAAAGUUCUUUUCUUUAGGAAGGCAAUGAAACUACAACAUUUGCAGAAUUUAAAUGUGCUGUCUAAAACACAUUUCUUGUAUGUGAGUUACUCACAUGGUCUUAUACUAUGUCAAUUUUGCACAUAUUUGCCCAGUUUCUCCUUCUUAGUGAAUCUUACUGAGUCUGUGACUUGUAUAUUAGAGGCUUGCAAAGCCCUUAAAUAACAGAAAUUGAAAUUGCCAGACAAGGGAAUCUGCUGUUGUCUUUCAAUGCCAAUUCACCCUGGAUGGUCAAAGAUGAUAGACAAUAUGGACAAUCAAUCUACAUUUUUUUCUAUUGAGAUUUUAAAUGUAGCAAUUUACUAAUCAUCUGCUAUUUGUAUGUGUGGGAGUAAGUCAAAAACAGCUGUGCUGUUGAUAUGUGAUAAUAAAAGAUUUUUCAGAA